UGUCAACGGAAGAAGGCGCUUUUGUUUUUCCUUGGGGAAAAAGUCGAGGAACAAUGUUUGGAAAGACGAUUUUCAGUUAUACUUAAUUUUUCUCUCAAAUGCAUACAGACAAUCUUAUAUAGGACAUGAAAUCUUUCGGAAUACCUAAACCAUAUGUCCGCGUCUUGAAGCUUGUUUGACGCUCCGUUUGGGAAUUCUUGAAGCUGCAGAGAUUGCAAGGCGGAAGUAGGGAAUUUCGAAGGGACGAGCUGAGAGAGCCAAAAGAUGGCUCCGGAUUGAUUUUAUCAGAGCUUUGCAAUGUUUUUCAACUUAAUUCGGAUUUAUAUGAAAUCAUAUUUCUAUUCUAAAACAGAUUAGUCUCUGUGUCUCGUUAAUGUCAUAAUUUGGAUUGAUCAUUUGCGAUCAAGAAACUCAAAAUGGCGGAGGGCUGGCCCAUCCCCCAGGCCCUGUUCCUGCUCAUAGUGAGUGUCGCGGGCCUGGACACUUGCCCUUCUCCUUGUACGUGUUCUGGUGGUCCAGGUGCAGCACAAUUGCUGGAUUGCAAUAGGAAAAGAUUGACUGCUGCAGCUCUGGAAGCUCCAGUCUGGAUCACCCAUGCGUCUAUGAAUCAGAAUGAACUUACAACAGUGCCUUUUCUUGGAGAUGCCUCAUCCAACAUCACGGUGCUGUCACUUGUUCAUAACCGAAUCUCUGAAGUCUUGGCAGAGCAGCUGUUGCCAUAUUCAUCUCUAGAAAGUCUGGACUUGAGCUCUAAUUCUAUAUAUGAGCUUAAGGCAGGAUCGUUCCCUCCCAUGCAGCUGAAAUACCUCAACCUGAGCAAAAACAAGAUAGGUUCUUUGGAGCCCAGUUGUUUCGGAAACAUCAGCUCCCUUCUGGUGUUGAAGAUAAACCAGAACAGACUCUCUCUGCUGCCUGAUAAAGUCUUCACUCUCUCUCAGCUCCAAGUCUUAGAGUUGAGGCGCAACAGGAUUCGUGUCGUGGAAAGUCUCAUUUUCAAAGAACUGAAGGCUCUUAAAUCGUUGAAGAUGCAGCGCAACGGCAUCACAAAGCUGAUGGAUGGAGCUCUCUUUGGUUUGGAAAACAUGGAGGAGCUAGAGUUGGAGUAUAAUAAUCUGACGGAGCUGAAUAAGGGCUGGCUGUAUGGCCUGCACAUGCUCAGGAUUCUCCGGGUAAAUCAGAACAAUAUCGGACUCAUUCGAGCUGAUGCCUGGGAGUUUUGCCAUCGCCUGGAAGAGCUGGAUUUGUCUUUCAAUCACUUGAGUCGUCUGGAGGAUUGGGUGUUUUCUGGCCUCAGUCUCCUGCAGAGUCUCAACUUGGGUGACAAUCAAAUCACACACCUGGGAGAAGGAGUGUUCAGCAGUCUGGCUAACAUCCGUACAUUGGACAUCCGUAAUAAUGAGAUCUCCCUCGCCAUCGAGGACUUGGUUGGCAUGUUUGUGGGUUUGAAGAGGCUGAACUCGCUAGUUUUACAGAAUAAUAAAAUCAGGACCAUCACUAAGAGAGCGUUUGAGGGUCUGAUGGAGCUGGAGCAUUUGGACCUGAGUAAGAAUGGCAUCAUGUCUAUUCAUCCUGACGCUUUCACUCAUUUAAAACUUAAAACACUUGAUCUGAACACCAGCAGUCUCCUGUGUGACUGUCAGCUGCAGUGGUUGGGCCAGUGGUUGAUUGACAGUCAGUUCCAGCAAUCCUGCACCGCCGUCUGUGCUCAUCCUGCCUUCCUGGCAGGAUCUAGUGUGCUCGUUAUUAAACCAGAGGAGUUUGUCUGCAAUGACUUCCCUAAACCCCAGAUCAGCGCUCAUCCCAAGACCGCUGUGGCCUUACGCGGGACCAACGUCACUCUGAACUGCUCUGUGUUCAGCAGCAGCGACUCUCCCAUGAGCACCGCCUGGCGCAAAGAUGGAGAGGUGCUGUAUGAAGCCCAGGUGCAGAACUACGCUCGAUACCAGGAUCACCGCCUCCUCUACACCACCGUACUCCACCUGCUCAAUGUUAAUUUCACAGAUGAGGGCCAGUACCAGUGUGUGGUCUCCAACCAUUUUGGGUCCAACUACUCCACUCUGGCCAAGCUCACUGUUAAUGAGCUCCCAACCUUCCUGAAGACGCCCAUGGACCUGAGCAUCCGCACCGGUACGGUCGCUAGAUUGGAGUGUGCUGCGGAGGGACACCCGACACCGCAGAUCGCUUGGCAGAAAGACGGCGGUAUCAAUUUCCCUGCGGCCCGUGAAAGAAGGAUGCAUGUCAUGCCAGAUGAUGACACUUUUUUCAUUGCUAAUGUGAAGACAGAGGAUAUGGGCGUCUAUAGCUGUACAGCCAAAAACGAGGCGGGCAGCCUGUCGGCUAAUGCCACUCUUACUGUGCUAGAAACCCCGUCCUUCCAGCGCCCUCUAGAGGACCGUAACGUUGCCCGAGGUGAGACCGCUGUCCUCCAGUGCAUAGCUCGUGGUAGCCCCAACCCCCGCCUCAACUGGACCAAAGACGACUCCCCGUUGGUGUUGACGGAACGCCACUUCUUCGCCGCAGCCAAUCAGCUUCUCAUAAUCGUAGAUGCCAACCCUGCUGAUGCAGGGAAAUACACGUGCAUCAUGUCCAACACGCUCGGCACAGAGCGCGGUCAUAUCUACGUCAGCGUCUCACCCUCGGCCAACUGUGACCCGGUGACCAGCAUAUACAGUCAGGACGGAUGGACAACAGUUGGCAUUGUUGUGAUGGUGGUCGUCUGCUGCGUUGUCGGCACCUCACUUGUGUGGGUCAUCGUCAUUUAUCACAUGAGGAGAAAGAAUGAAGACUACAGCAUAACAAAUACAGAUGAGUUGAACCUUCCAGCGGACAUUCCCAGUUACCUCUCGUCUCAGGGUACGCUGUCCGAGCCUCACCCAAUGAGUUGA